UGUAAUAACCCGAAUUUCACUGAUUUAACCCGACUAUUACACCCGCGAGGUUUUCAUUAAAACCUUUGUAAAACCCUUCUAUUUUCAGGUUUUGGCCCGUUACAGGUAACAAAACGGUGACGUUUUUCUCGUCUUUCUGUCCUGAUAAUGAUGAAACCGUUGUUCUCUAAGCUUUAAUCAUUCAACGGCGGCUCAGCCUCUCAGUUCUUCUUACUGGCGGCCGCAACUUCAAAGGCUCUUUCAUUACGGCUUCUCUGGUGUUUCUGGGAAAAAAUUGAAGCAAAUUAGAAUUCAGAAAUACGUUUUUUAUCCUUCACGACUGUCUGGUAUCGUUGUUUGCAGAACAUGCCUUCGAUGGCUACACAAAAUUUUCGUACUAGCAAUGGUAAUUUCCAAAAUGAGGCCAAAUUUGACCCCACGAGGCGGCAGAAGAUAAAGGAACAGAGAAAAUCGCUACCAAUAGCUGCAGUUGAAAAACGCCUUGUGGAAGAGGUUAAAAACAAUGACACACUGAUAAUUGUAGGUGAGACUGGGAGUGGCAAAACAACACAAUUACCUCAAUAUCUCUAUUAUGGUGGAUUCUGCCGUGAGGGUGGGGUCAUUGGGAUAACUCAACCUAGACGUGUUGCUGCUGUAUCUGUUGCAAAGCGAGUUGCUGAGGAAUGUGGUGUUGCUGUGGGUCAAAAGGUUGGUUAUGCUAUUCGUUUUGAAGAUGUGACCUCUUCCUCAACAAUGAUAAAGUAUAUGACAGAUGGAUUACUACUGAGGGAAGCAUUACUGGACCCAUAUCUCUCUAAGUAUUCAGUUAUUAUAGUUGAUGAGGCUCAUGAGAGAACUGUUCACACGGAUGUGUUGCUCGGUCUGUUGAAGAGUGUGAAGGAAAAGAGAUCCAAAUUUGCCAAUAAAGCUUUAAACAUCAAUAAUGCAAACUCGCUAAAGAAUGGGUUGCAAGAGGUCGCUGAGCAUGAUGGUCCCGGUUCUACAUUCUUAAAGCCAUGCCACGGCAAAAGGCUAUCUCCAUUAAAGUUAAUAAUUAUGUCUGCCAGUCUGGAUGCACGAGGAUUUUCUGAGUAUUUUGGUGGUGCAAGAGCUGUUCAUAUUCAAGGCCGUCAAUAUCCAGUCGAUUUAUUAUACACACUUCAACCUGAGACAGAUUAUGUUGAUGCAGCUUUGAUUACUAUAUUUCAGAUCCAUUUGGAAGAAAGGGAUGGUGAUAUACUUGUCUUUCUGACUGGGCAAGAAGAGAUUGAAUCUGUUGAGAGACUAAUUCAUGAGCGCCUUCGGCAAUUACCUGAAGGAAAUCGGAAGCUUUUGACAUGUCCAAUAUUUUCAUCUCUUCCAUCAGAAAAACAAAACAAAGUGUUUAGGCUUGCACCUCCUGGGGUGCGAAAGGUAAUAUUGGCAACUAAUAUUGCUGAGACAUCAGUAACUAUACCUGGGAUAAGGUAUGUUAUCGAUCCUGGAGUUGUGAAAGCACGUACAUAUGAUCCAGAUACAGGGAUCGAAUCUUUGGAUAUAGUGAAGACCUCAAAAGCACAGGCUCUUCAGAGGAGUGGACGUGCAGGUCGUGAAGCACCUGGGAAAUGCUAUCGGCUCUAUCCAGAAUCCGAAUUUGGUAAAUUUGAAGAUUCUACAACUCCAGAAAUCAAAAGAUGUGACCUUUCAAAUGUUAUUUUGGUGCUGAAGGCUCUGGGAAUAGAUGAUAUUGCAGGGUUUGACUUCAUAGACAAACCAAACAGGAUCUCUAUCAUCAGAUCAUUGGAGUCAUUGUUUUUGUUGGGUGCAUUGGCAGAAGAUGGUAAACUUACUGACCCAAUAGGACAACAAAUGGCCAAGCUGCCCCUUGAACCUGUGUUUUCCAAGGCUUUGAUUCUUGCAAGUCAAUUCAAUUGCUUAGAAGAAAUGUUGAUAGUUAUUGCAAUGCUUUCAGUGGAGUCUAUAUUUUAUGCUCCACGGGAAAAGUUGGAAGAGUCGCGGACAGCAUUGAAAUGCUUCUCAAGUCCAGAGGGAGAUCAUCUGACUUUGAUCAAUGUAUAUCGAGCUUCAGUUGAAUUCUUAGAAAAGAGCAGGUUGACUAACAAUAAUGAGAAAGCUGAGAAGAAUUUAAGAACAUGGUGCAAAGAAAAUUUCAUCAACAGUCGCUCCUUAAGCCAUGCACGUGAUGUUCACAGGUAGACCUUUCUUCUUUUCCAGAUAUUGGAAGAACAGUUUGUUGGUUGUGCUUUUGAAAUGUUUUAGUUUCUUCCGAAAUCGAUAGCCUGUCUUUAGUUUUUGUCAUUUUCAAGCUUCGAGCAAUUUCACCUUCAAUUUCAAAUCUUGCAAUGACAAAUGUUCACUAUCAGUCAAAUAAAGAGAAAUGUGGAACAAAUGGGCCUCAAAAUCACUUCAUGUGGAGAUGAUAUGCUAGUGUUUCGCCGCUGCCUUGCUGCUUCAUUUUUUCUCAAUGCAGCUUUGAAGCAGCCUGAUGGUGCCUACAGGUAGAGAUCGAUCCUUGCCUUAGCUUUCUCAGACUAUCCUGUAGUCUUUUUUCCUUUCUCUGGAUCACACAUGUAGCCGCGUUGAAAUCAACCACCUUUGCCAGCUUUCGGCCCUUCUCCUUCCUGUAGCAUACUAACAAGUCCUCUAAUUUCCUUUAUGUUUGGGCAGGAUUCUAUCAAGUGAUCUUACGGUGCAGAUCCACCCUUCUUCAGUGUUGUUCCGGAGUAAACCUGAGUGCAUCAUCUUUGAUAGAUUAGUUAGGACCAACAAUAGCUACAUUCGCAAUAUUUGUAGAGUCGAUUACUUGUGGUUACCUGAGUUGGCUCCACAAUGUUAUGGCUUGUCCGAAUAGAACAACAUUUUAAAUGAUUUUCAAAUCAUACAGUUCUAUUAUUUUUAUUUUUAUUUUAUAUAUAUAUAUAUUUUGUGCCUUUGGCAGUUAUAAAAUGCCUUCUUUUACUGCUG